AUGUAUGUCAGAGGAUUGAUUGCUGCUGUGAGACACCGGACCUCAGCCUCCAUUACCAUCGCUCCUCCAUCGUUCUCCUUCUUCACUUCCGACAACCGCCAUCAUCGGAGUUGCCCAACUGUCAUCCGGUCACGAGCAACCCAAAUGCCAAUGGAAGCCGUAACCACCGCUAUGCGUGCGCUGCUACUGAUGCCUUUCGACGAUGACAAGGCCGCUGCCUGCUACCUUGAUGAUGUGUGCCUUCACGAUGUGGUUGCCGACACCAUAGAUCAAGAAAGCCACUGUCACCACCGUGAGGUGGUGGCUGCCGCCUUGUACUGCCGCUGGCCACCACUAGAGUGGAUGUGUGUGUUAGACUAG